AUGCGCGUGCUCAGGGAGGCGCUGGUCGCCCGCGCGGUCGCGGAGCGCUGCGGCGGCCUCAGCGACGAGGAGCUUGCGGACAGGCUUCAGGCCCUGGGCAACCUGCUCCCCACCCUGCGGGGCCGCCUGCUGCUGUUGCGGGCCGACCUGCUGGCUGAGCUGGCGGGGGAUGUCGGGGCAGUCGCAAAGAAGCUGGUGCAGCUGAGGUUGUGGUUCCCUCAGGCGGACCUCGGGCAGCUGCUGGGCAGCCGCCCCUCGCUGCUGAGCGAGGAGGAGUUCUCGCGCAUCCCUGCGGCUAGGCAGCAGCUGCUGGCAAGGUAUCCAGACCCAGGCAGCACUCACGGCAGCGCUGACAGCCCCUGCGCAUGCACUGCAGAGGGCGGCAGCGCCAUUGGCGGCCAUGGCCGCGGCGGCGGCGCUGAAGGCAGCGCCUGCAGCAGCGUGGUUGACGCGCUGGUGACGCGGCAGCCCCUGCUGCUGGUGGAGGACCUGGAGGAGCUGCUGUCAGAGCUGCAGAGUGCCACGGCCCAGGCGGUGGCGGUGCCCGUCACUGCGACAACGCCGCGGCGCACGCCGCUGGCGUCGCCCUCGCUGCUGCCCGUGCCGGGCGGCGCGGCAGGCCCCGCCUACGGCGCCCCGCUGCGCGGCAAGGCCGAGCCGCUGGGUGCCACCUAUGACAAAGAAUUGGAUGCCUACAACUUUGCUGUCUUCUCAUCCGCGGCCCAGGGCGUCAGCCUGGUGCUGUUCACCGAGCAAGACCUGGCCGCGGGCCGUGCGACCUACGAGCUGCCCCUCGACCCCCUGGCCAACCGGACGGGCGACGUGUGGCACGUGAUGCUGCCGCGGCUCGACCCCUCCCUGCUCUACGGGUUCCGCGUCAGGGGCCGCAACCAGGACAAGAGCCGCGCUGAGGACGGCACCCACGACCCCGCGGCUGUCGGACACCGCUGCGACGAGGUGGAGGUGGUGCUGGACCCCUACGCGCGCGCCAUCCUGUCGCGCCGCCGCUACGGCGCCCUGGGGCCGCGGGAGCUGGACUACACUGACCCCAAUGUCCUGGGGCUGGCGCAGACGUGGCCGCAGAUGGCGGCGUACCUGCCGAGCCCCGGCGGCGACGGCUUUGACUGGCAGGGGGACCGGCCCCUGGGGCUGCCCAUGGAGGACCUGGUGAUCUACGAGAUGCACGUCCGAGGUUUCACGCAGCACCCCUCCAGCGGCGUCGAGGCCCCGGGCACCUACCUGGGUUUGGUUGAGAAGCUGGAUUACAUAAAGCGGCUCGGGGUUAACGCCAUAGAGCUGCUGCCGGUGUUUGAAUUCAAUGAGCUCGAGUACUACAGCCCCAUCCCUGGACAGGAGAAUUCCUAUCGCUACAACUUCUGGGGUUACUCAACUGUCGGGUUCUUCUCACCCAUGAGCCGCUACAGCUUCGCGGUGGCCAACGGCGCGGACGGUGAGGCGCUGCGGCGUGAGUUCAAGACGAUGGUGCGGGAGGCUCACAAGAGGGGCAUCGAGGUGAUUCUUGACGUGGUUUUCAACCACACGGCUGAGGGCAACGAGGCCGGCCCCACCAUCAGCAUGAGGGGCCUGGACAACCGCGUGUACUACAUGCUGGCUCCAGGCGGCGAGUACUACAACUACAGCGGCUGCGGCAACACCCUCAACUGCAACCACCCCGUGGUGCGCGACUUCAUUGUGGACUGCCUGCGCUACUGGGUCCUGGAGUACCACGUCGAUGGCUUCAGGUUUGACCUGGCGUCCAUCAUGACGCGCGCGCACAGCGCGUGGCACCCGCAGAAGUGA